AUGUCGACUCUGCGUACGGUGUCCAUGCCCGCGCACUCAGCCAUAGGGCUAACUAAAUGCAGCCGCUGCCGAAGGGGAAGGAGCUCACAAGCAUUGUGUUGUUUGGUGCGAGUCUUGAUGCGGGACUUGGUGCGGGACUUGAUGUGGGCCUUGGUGCGGGACUUGAUGCGGGACUUGGUGCGGGACUUGGUGCAGGACUUAAUGCGGGACUUUGUGCGGGACUUUGUGCGGGACUUGAUGUGGGCCUUGGUGCGGGACUUGGUGCGGGACUUGAUGCGGGACUUGGUGCGGGACUUGAUGCGGGACUUGGUGCGGGACUUGGAGGUGAACGCCGACGCCUUGUAUCGGAGUGUGAUGGUGUGGGGGAUGGUUGAGGACGAGGUGAAGGAGAAGGAGGAGGAAGAGGAGGAGGAGAAGGUGGAGGAGAAAGAGGAGGAGAAGGAGGAGGAGAAGGAGGAGGAGAAGAAGGAGGAGGAGAAGGAGGAGGAGAAGGAGGAGGAGAAGGAGGAGGAGAAGGAGGAGGAGAAGGAGAAGGAGAAGGAGGAGGAGAAGGAGGAGGAGAAGGAGGAGAAGGAGGAGGCGGCGGGGAAGUGGUGGUUGUAGGCGACGGUAGUGGUGGAGGUGGAGGUGGAAGGCCCGGGGAAAGAGCUAGGGGUGGGGGUGGCUGUCUGAUAGGAGAGGGUGGUGGUAGCAUCGGUGGUGAGGAAAUGCGAGGUGGCGGUGGUGGUGGUGGUGGUGGUGGUGAUGGGAGAGGAGGGCGUGGGCUGGGUGGUAGAGGAGACGGGGGACUGGGGGGUAAAGGGCUAGGUGGUAGAGGAGACGGGGGACUGGGCGAGGGAGGACUGGGUGAA